GCCAUCCCUUCUCCGGUCACCAAAUGUACACCUCAGGUGUGUUAGGCGCAUCAGGCGCUGAGCCUCCAAAUACUGCAGGCUGCGCGAUGAUCACUUCGAUGCAAACUGAUCGAACGUGGGGGCCGAGCACUGCCUGCUUCUGUGCAGACACGGGUCUGAGCUGGGGUGUCUGCGUGUUGACAGCACCUUGGUUCGCUUUCACUUGGUCUGGUCGCAUGCAGGAUCUCCUUGCGGUAGUCGAUUACGCACCUUGGCCUUCUCGUCAAGCUGUGCACACGCUCUUCACCCAAGAGACAUCAACACACAUUUUACGCGUGGCUGAGCGCAACUUCUUCAAUACACAACAGCUACGACCUCUGGCAACAUGGGAUCUGGAAACCCGGACAUGGCGCUGAUCGGAGAAUUGAUGGAGGAGAUGUCUCGACGACCGCCAGCAAUUGCUGCUAGGAAGCUGCUCGUUGAGCAUUACAUCUGCAUCGGAUGGGUUGAGGCUGCUCUCGACAACACAAAGGAGCUCCGCACGCUGGCACCCGGGGACAGCGACGUUAUCGGGUUUCUGAGCGUGCUGGAGAAGAAGCCUGAGCCACCUGCACCGGAUACUACGACACUGCCGCCCGCGCCAAAGAACUCCAAGGGGCAGCCGACUGACGAUGGACUAGUCUGGGACGUCAAAAACGGUCGGUACAAGAAGAAACCCGCGAUAGCAAAGUCAACAGAGAAAAAGCCAGACGUCUCCGGUCCCCAGAUCGGCGAUGACCUGGACACAGCGCGGCAGGACCUUGUCACAGGCUACCAGAAUUUGCGAAUCAGAGUGGGCUCUAUACUCACUGAUCUGCUGCACUUGCAGGCCUUGCAGAAGAAAGCAAACAUCCUGCCUUCCCGGAACACAGCUAAAGUACAGCGUAUUGUGGAUGGACAGCCGAACACAUCAGUGCAGCUGUGCACUCCACGCACCACAGCACAUGCUAUGCGGGAAACCCCAGAGCAUGCGCUGGUUAUUGCUGUCGCCGACAUGGAGGAGGCGGUCGGAUGGCACAAAGGGUUACUCGGUCAGACCACAGAUACGAAUACCGACAAGCUCCGCGACGCAAUCGUGAAGCGAAAAGCGGCGUUGGAGGUGAUCUUACCAGACGAUCUCAAGAUUUACUGCGAAUUUGCUCUCAUGCACAUGGACCAUGAGCACUUCGGCCGCAAUUACAUCAACACGGAGACGAUGUACGGCGACGAGGUCAAAGACAUUCCGCGCUCGAAAUUCUACGCGACAGAGGACAACUACGCGUGGGAUAUGGAAGAACUGGUAGCUGCCAUCGAGGCUGGCAGUGGAGUGUUGCGCAAUCCGCUAAGCAAGCACAUGUUCACUCCAAGAGACGUGAAGGGCAUCUACAUGCAUCCACUGGCCAAGCGUCUCGCCGCCCUGGCAGUAGAGCAGAAGGACAUGUCCAAAGGCGUCCGUCCUGAAACCAUCACGCGCAUGGAGAAAUUAUCAAGCAUCCUGCUUGAGGACCAGUCUGCCGAAACUCUCCCAAGUCGCCACGCCGUGGACGAAUUCCUGGCAUAUGUCGCAACCCUGCCCGAUUUGGAACAGAACGCGAUCGAGCGCCUCAAGUGUCCUGCGAAGGACAGCCACACUGGCCAGGCCUACGACUCCAGCAUUGGUGAGGCAGUGCGCGAUGCUAAAGGCAAUCGAGUAUGCUUCCACAAAACGGGCGAUUUCAUAAGGCAGGCUGCUUCGUAUUUACGGCUGCAGAAAGGUGUCGCACCCGAUGCGGCUGGUUGCCGUGUCAUAUGAGGGUAUGGGUAUAUUCGUGCUAACCGACGGCAAUCCAACUGGGUGCCCAGUCAAGCAGGGGUCGAGGUGCCAGCAAGUACAUGCGGGUAUAAUCUUUAUGUACUUGAAGGAACAACCGCUCGGUCGUUGCUCGGCGACUGCAGCUCGAGCAGAUGGCUUCGACAGAUAGCACGACAACACAAAGGUAGCUACAGCGCAAGGCACCACAGUACACAAUCUUUGUCAUCCAUAUUUUCCUGCGCCUGUUCC